GUGGUUGGUUGAAUGUAUGGCAACGCUGAAGCGGAAUGUAUGUCUGAACGUACACCAAUGUGCAUCGCUGUUUCGUCACAGUGCCGAAAGGCAUCAGAUGUUUUCUGUCAAAAGAGCAAUUCCACCUAAAGAGAUGGUUUGUUAAUCGCAUGUCACCGUCAAGUUCUUUUGCGGUAGUAGCACAAUUGGGUAGUUCACAGGUGAAUACUGAUGGAACUGGGUUUGUAAUUAUUGUCCAAAUAAAUAAAUGUGCGUAAUGUAAGUCUUUUUGGAAGACUUACUUUUCUCGGUGAAUGCAUCAUUGAUUAUACAGACUAGAUCUGUUCACACGAAUUCAGAAACGUGCCGUUGAUAUAUCUGCUGUUUCAUCAAUUGCUACAAGUGAGUAUUCUAUCAGCUAAUAGUACAGAACAUGGCAUCUACUAGUUCGCAUGUGGAAAAUGAUUGUACACCUAGAAGGAACCCUAGGAGGUCGUGCGCAAGGAAGGAACCCUGGAAAUUCGAUAAUGAAGAUGAGAAUGGUGAAAACAAGGAGACAAGCGAUAUUGACGAUUAUGAUGAUAUGGACUUUCAAGUCUACACUAGUACCCCUUGUAGUGGACAGACUUCAGGUGGUAACACUUCAAAUGCCUCAGCACAUGUCAAUUAUCGUUCCCGAAACUUGAAACCAUCUCAGAAGAAGAAAAAAAUGAACAAAUUUGUAGUUGAUUAUGACCCAGAUAAUGAUGUUUUUAUCCAUGACGGGAUUAAAGUGAACUUCAAUGCUGACACUUUGAAAACCCAUAUUAAGCAUUUUAUGAAGACGUCCGGUGUACCUGCAUAUAAACGAUCACUUAGCAAGUGCAUGAAAAAGAUUGCAUCUACCACACCACAGCGUAGACCAUAUAAGAAAAGGAACCCAUCUGUAAGGAAGAAACGUGAACCUCGAGAGCCUGAACCAGACCUCAGCGAUGAAUCUCCGGAAGUUGUUACAACACCAAGCUAUCCUCAGAAGCGUACACCAGAGUCGACCCUCAGAGCAAUGAUUUAUACAAGAGACUUUUUAAAUAGGUUGGCACAGAAGAGGAAGGAAGCAGCUGCUAAGCAGGCAGAUAGAUUGUCUGAUGAGAGGAGAAAAGUUAUUGAAUCAGAGAUCUUAAAAGGUGUUGUAGCAUUUGUGGAUGUAAUAUCACAUGCAGAUGAGGAUAUAUCCUCUGUAAUAAAGAAAGAACUGGAGAAGUUGGGAGCUGUAGUUGUUCCAACUUUCACAAAAAAUGAUCCGGUUUCAAUAAUUUUAUUCAAUGAUGGCCAUGUCUCUACCUACAAGAAAGCAAAAAAGCGUGGCAUUCCACUUGUAUCUGUCCUUUGGAUAGAAGAAUGCCGUAGAAUUGGAGCAAAGGCACCAGCUGAUCAGUUUCCAGCUUAUAAAACAGAACGCUAUGAAUCUCCUGCUUUUGUAAAAGAAUUGAAGAAAAGAAAAUUCCUUUAUGCUAGUGAGAGGAUGAAUCCUCGUAAACAAAGGAAGCGCCGUGGACAAGCAGAGAAAAAUGCUUCUCCUGAAAUACCUGAGCAUGAAUCUCAGAGUCCCACAUCAAGUGAAGCGGCCUCUGACCAUGAUCUGCAUGGUCCUGCUUGGCUUAAUGAAAUUGAAGGCUCAAAUGGAAUGAUGAGAAUUCUAGUAAACAUGACUAAGGUUACUGAAGGUCAAUUUAGAGAAAUGAUGGAAGAACCAGAAGACUCUGAAAAAUAUGAGAUAAGUCCUCUUCCAAUGAGGUUAUUACAUAAACAUGCCAGAGAUCUGUCAGCUAAAAAAUCUUCAAAUGCUGACAGUGAAUUAACGACACCUUGCAGUAACAAGCUAAAUGUCCAGUCUAAAAUACACUCAAUUGGAGAAAAAUCAUCUUUGGAGGAAGACCUGACCUCAGUUAGAGAUUCUGAUACCUCUAAAUGUACAAAUGAAAACGUUGAUAAAAACACAACUAAAAUGAAUACAACUCCCAUUGUACGCAGAAUUUCAACGAGGGUUCACAAAGUACGAAGAAUUCUGUCGUAUUGAAGAUGUGAGACAUAACAAUAUUGGGAAUAUGCUGUUCAUUGAAUGAAUAUAUGUUUAUAUUAAUUUUACUAUUAAAAUUUGAUGGUAAAUUGUGAUCUCUAAAAAACUAGUCUAUAACAUUUCCCUUUUAAAUUUGAGAUCACUGGUUUUUGUUGAUCAGUAUUAUGAUUUUCUUGAUCUGCUGUGUAUAAAGUGCUGUCCAGUGGUGAAUGUUGUAAAACCUUGUUAAGGUUAAAAAAAACUCAGUUGAAUUGAUUGUCAACAUAUUUUUUUACAAAUCUUUUGUUAUUCUGAAGUUGCUGAUUAUGAUAAUGUUAAUUGCACAGAAUAGAAUGGAAAGAGGUUUGAAUAGUAACUUCAUAUUAAGGGACAGUGCAAGAUAUUGUUUUGGAAGACUUAUUUUCAGAUUUAAAUAAUGUCUCUAUAUAUUUUAUAUGAGAGUUUAUUUGCGUGAUUGGAACAAAGGUAAUUUUGAUAAAUUAGAAGAGAGAUAAGAAUGAGAUUGUUAGUCUGGAUAUACAAUUUAUAUAAUGCAGUAUAUGGACUUAUUAACCCUGACAAAAGUCUGGUUGGUAUGUGUCUGGUGGGUGAAACUUAAGAUUUAAUUUAAUUGGCAAAGUGAAUUACACUUUUGUCUUUAUUGAAUACAUUUUGUCCAAUCUAAUUUUUAUUUAGUAUUGUGCAAAGGUUUAAUUUAACCUUAUUUGAAAUAUGAAUUUAAUUCUUAUUUAAAAUGAUUAAUUUAAUUAUUAUAUAGAGAAUAUUUGCAAGUUGGUCAAAAUUUCAAAGUACUAUUUUUUGCCUCCUAUGGAACAGGUACCAAAAAGUGCAUUUUGUAUAGAAUUGUUUUCUAAUUGCUCAUGAGAAGAAUGAAAGUGGAGUAGCAAGUAUUGUUUUAUUUAAAUAGAAUUAAUUGUGAUUUUUUCCCUAGUCGAUUGCAUUUUUCAAAAUCCGUUGCAUGAUUAGAAAAUGCAAAUAAAAUUGAAAGUUGAGAUUUUUAUUUUAGUUUGCUAUAGACACGAGAUAAUCUAUCCUUAUAGAUUAUAGAAGGGAUUUUUUCAAAAGAAAUCGGGAAUUUCUAUGGAUGGUUAAAGGCUUGUAUGGAAAGAUUAUUUCUAGCAAAUUGUGCAACACCCCUUAUUUUGCCCGUUGUGUAUAGAAGUUAAAUUUUCAAAAAAAAAAAAAAUUGUUUGGGUUUGGAUGCGGACAGUGCAAUUUAUUAAUGAAUAAUUUGCUUCUUAAUUCGUCAAUUGAAUGAUGUUUGUUAUUAUAAACUCUAAAUCCACUUGCAUUUCAGGUUAACAAGGUUUUACUACUAGUAAUUUGUUGUUACCAUUUCUUUAUUUUCGGUUUUGUUUAUUGAACUCAAUGGUAGUACUGUCUAUAAUAGUGUACUCAUUAACAUGAAAAAAUCGAUACAAUAGAUUGUAUGAUGUAUAUGUUCUGUUCUCAAAAAUUAUUGCAUGUUGACUGCUAAACAAUUGGUGUAAUCAUUGCUUCCCAACGUAGUAAGCCAAUGAUUGAAAUUUUAUUUAUUUAUUUUUAUUUUGCAUUGUCUUUGUCUGAUUACCCAACUAAUGCUUAAAUAAAAGUAGUUUCGAACUUUUGAUGGUUAUGUGUUGUACAUUUGUGUGAUCAAAAUCUUUCAUGAUUCAAGAUGUCAUGCCAGAAUGUGUUGUAAGCUUCUUGUUUAUGAAGAAUGUGGUACACUUGUCACCAAAUAUAUAUUAAAAUAUUCUUGUGAUGUAUUAGGUGUUAUGUGUUGAAUGUCAGAAUUGAAGUGUGUUAUAUUGUGUGUUCUCAGCUUACAAUAUGUUGUACUGAAAUAAUAAUAUAAAUGUACAACUGUACUUACUUGCUUCCUUAAUUUGUUUUCUAGUUAAUUUUCAAUGUGUAUUUCAAUGUUACCCUUUCCUUAGUUCUGGGCAUUGCCCUACACCGUCAAAGUAUAUUUUAAUCUUUCAUUCUCAUGGAGAUGAUAAGAUAAUAUUAUGAAUUUUAUUGAGGAAUGUAAGAUGAGUAAAUUGACCAAGAAAGCAAUCGUAAUCAAAUGUGUGUAGUUUAUAUAUGUUAUGAACUUGCAGACUACAUAUUUUAUUAUGUGAUUUUUUUUGUUUUAUAUUGUCAAAUACAAUAUUAUUUGAAAUGAAACUAUAUAUGUUUUAAACCCUCCCUGAAAAUGUGCUUUAAUGUGUGCAUAUGGCAUGCUACCAAACACUUUCUUUUUUUAAUCCACCCUCCCCCACUCCUGCUUUGCAUUAAUUAAAUUUCCUUUCCCUCUGAUGCUUUGUGGAAUUUCUGUGCAAUGAUGCAUGCUACUGAUCUUGGUUGUUGCAACAGGAGCAUGAGUGUAUUAAUGUCAUUUUGACAAAGACUGAGUUGCUGUUAUAUUGGUAGAUAAAUAGAGAGGAAGAGACAUCUAUGCGAGCUAUCUGUGCAAAAAUGGCGAAAAUUACAUUUUUGUCAUUUGAGUUGAAUGUGUUCAUCACAUACUGCAAAACAAAAUUAUUUUUUUUACGUGACUAUGUUGCAGUUUGUACAAUAGAGGUCUGUUGAAUGUAUUGUGGGUCUUUGCAGCAUGGGCCACAAUUGCCACCCUGUCUUUUUGGAAAUUCGACAUUCUUCUUUUCAAUUUGAUGGCAAACUCAAAAAUAUUUAUGUAUUUGAUAAUACUUCAUUUCACAAAUGGGAAAGGAAUGGUUUUCACUAGAGAAAUCCAAUCGCACUCUAGAUUCAGCUCGAGCACACUAUUUCUAGAGCGUUUCGUCAGUUGUAAAAGAGUCUGCAGAAAUCCUGCCUGAAGAUACAUUAUUUGAUGAAUUGUAUAAUACUGAAUAAAAUGUUUCUUGAAAUAAUAGCCUCACUUCCUUUUCUCAAAGGUCUCGAGUAAACUUUCUCAAUGUAAUAGUGACCUAACCGACAGAAGAAAUAAUGUUUAAGUUGCCAUGCUUGACACUGUUAUGGACAGUAAUGUAUAACAACAUUUUUUAACAUGCCAGAGGUGGCAUGCAAUGUUACAAGGACCCAGGCAGGAUCUGGCAUUUGCAUAAAUACUAUUUCUAAAAAUUAAAUUCAAAUCUCAGUAUGCAGAUUAUAGAGAUUCAGGAGGCUACUGAGACAUUCCCAGACUCAUGUACAUUACUUUGGGUCCAUGUGCCACCUCUAAUUGUUUAAAAACUGUACAUUUGUGCCAGGUGUAAAACUCAGAAAUUAAUAUUCUGAAAUGUAAAAAUAUAUAUCCAAGAACAUAAUUCAGGCAUAGACCACUCUUGCACUGAUAGCUUAAUAUAGGAGAAUGUAAUAGUAUUGUGUGAUAUAAGUUUGGAAAGAAUAGGACAGGGUGUAACUGGAUUUGCUGGGAUUAUUACGAGAAAACAUGGGAUCUGUUCACAUGUUCCUAAAACAUAAUUGACUAUUGAAUGUACUAUUGUAAACUUAGAAAAUUUCCAUAUCUUAUACAUUUAAACUUCCAGGAAUAAUAUAUUAGGCUGUGUACCAUAUUUAAUUUAUUGUCAAUUUCUCAAGUGUGUGUGGGUUUUUCAGUUUCUUCAGCAUAAUACCAUGUACACAGAUGAUAACUGUAAUGUCAGCACAGAUGUGUACCCAAUGAUAGCUGUAUAUAUUAAGUUGAUGGAAAUGACAUCCAUUGUUUCUUCAUGAUAGCAAUGUCCUAAUAUAACCAAUCAAAUGUUCUGCUAGAAUUUAAUUGAAAUACACUUUUAAGCAAUAUUGUUUGCAGGGUCAUGAAACAUUACUUUAUGAGGAGAAAUACCAGUUUCUUUUGUUAAAAAUAUACUUUUUUACUGUUUGUGCUUGCAUUUAAAGUGCCAAUUUUUAGAUAAGUGUACUUGAACUAAAAGUUUAAUUCUUCUCAUAAUGAAAUUCUCUGCAAUACUUCAUGUUGCUCAAAUUUAUUUUUUUUUGUUUUGAUAAUCAGUGAGGAAUACCUUCUAAUUUUGUGAAAAACUUGUCUAUGCUUUAUUCAUGAGAAUGCUGCAUUUACUUCUGAGUAUUUUUGUAAUAUUUAUAUGGAGAGAAAUUUGUGUGGGUUGACUUAUCUUAAAUGUAGUUCAAUUUAUUUUUCAUCAUCAGUUGGGAACGGAUUUUCUUGUAAUUACAUGUUUUUUCAGAAACAAGAUAUCUGCAUUCAGUAAUAGU